AUGCCCCGCCAAAGACGUGUUGCUCGGUUACCGAGCGAAGUACCCUCCGAAACCUCCUCCUCAGCAUCACCGGAACGCGCCGCAGAUGACGACACAGACUUCUUCAUGGCCCAAGCCAACGAUUCACAAUCUUCCAUCGGAGUCGCCAAUUUUCGCGAUCUUCAUGUGCAAACAAACCGAUCCGUCCCAGUGCCCCCGAUCGGCCACCUUCCGCCAGAGAUAUUGAUCGCGAUAUUUUCUAAGCUAGUGUCCCCGGUGGACAUCCUGAACUGCAUGCUAGUGAGCCGCAACUGGGCUGCCAACUCUGUCGGAAUAUUAUGGCAUAGACCAUCCUGUGGGAACUGGGACAACUUGAAGAGCGUGACAGCCUCCGUGGGCAAUCCACUAAGUCUGUUCGCCUACGCUGAUCUCAUCAAGCGACUCAACCUGUCCACUCUGGCCCGUGAUGUCAGCGAUGGCACAGUCGUUCCUUUCACCCAGUGCAAGCGUAUUGAGCGACUGACUUUGACCAACUGCUCCGAACUCUCAGAUAAGGGUGUCUCAGACCUGGUAGAGGGAAACCGGCACCUGCAGGCGCUGGAUGUAUCGGACUUGGUACACCUGACCGACCAUACCCUUUACACGGUGUCAAGGAACUGUCCGCGUUUGCAGGGCCUCAAUAUCACCGGUUGCAAAAAAGUGACAGACGAAUCACUUAUCAUAGUAUCACAGAACUGUCACCAGAUCAAGAGAUUAAAACUCAACGGCGUUGAAAACGUCUCCAAUCGUUCCAUCCUGUCCUUUGCGGAGAAUUGUCCCGCAAUCCUGGAGAUUGAUCUCCAUGACUGCAAACUUGUGACCAGUUCCUCGAUAACAGCCCUCCUCACCACCCUUCGUUACCUCCGAGAAUUGCGUCUUGCGCACUGCGUUGAGAUUGAUGAUUCGGCAUUCCUAAAUUUACCAGACGGUAGAAUCUUUGAAAGUCUACGAAUUUUGGAUCUCACAGCAUGUGAGAAUUUGAAAGAUGAGGCUGUGGAACGUAUUGUUUUUGCCGCACCUCGUUUACGAAAUUUGGUGCUGGCCAAGUGCCGCUUCAUUACAGAUCGCUCAGUACAGGCAAUUUGUAGGCUGGGCAAGAACCUUCACUACGUGCAUCUAGGACAUUGCUCCAAUAUCACCGAUCCGGCGGUCAUGCAACUUAUCAAAGCUUGCAACCGUAUCCGAUACAUCGACUUGGCCUGCUGCAACCGCCUAACAGACGUCAGCGUGCAGCAGUUAGCUCUUCUACCUAAGUUGCGUCGCAUUGGUCUGGUGAAAUGUCAAAACAUCACGGAUUUGAGCAUUAAGGCUUUUGCACGCCGCCGAAGCAAUCCGAUGGUCAGUAACUUGGAGCGUGUUCAUCUAAGUUACUGCACUGGGCUUACUAUGAGUUCUAUUCGACCUUUGAUCAACGAAUGUCCACGACUCACACAUUUAAGUCUGACAGGAGUCCCGGAGUUCUUGAGUCCAGCCCUCACUAAAUUUUGCCGAGAGGCACCAGCAGAGUUUACGCAACAACAGAGAGACGUGUUCUGUGUUUUUAGUGGGGAAGGUGUAUUCAAACUCCGAGACUUCUUGAACCGAGACGAAUUGAACCAACAUGAAACCGAAGCCACGAUGUACGACGACGACGAUGAGCUAGACGAAGAUGCGGGCCAAAUGACCGGUCUAAUGGAUGCCACAGGCAUCAACGAUGAAGAUUACAUUGACGUCGAGACACUUCCAUGA